UAGUAGUCCAUUGUAAAAAGUCGUGUUGUAGGAACAUGGCGUGAAAGUAAGUGAGCAGUAUUCCGAAGGAAAUGAAUUCAGCUGAUUGUCGCGCGGCUUGUCAAGUGUGUGGAGUGACAGGAAGAGUAUUUGUCUGUUCUCGUUGCAAGCAUGUUUAUUACUGUUCGAAAGAACAUCAAGUUCUGCACUUCAAGAAACACAAAGCCUUUUGUAAACGAAAUCGAGUUGACAAGAGAGAGGAUGAUAAUACCCAGUCUCUAGACUCAAAAAAAAUUUCGGUCGUUCAGGCAGAAAGUAAAGAAAUUGUCACAAAUGAUGCAAGGAAUAGCGAGAGUGAGCUCCGUGUGAGUGACAGUACUGACACCUGCGACGUUGACAGAAGCGAAGGUGCUGUUGCUGGAAACACUAGUCCAAUUACAUACGAAGGUAGUUCCGAAAGUGAGAUUCUUAAUGCGGUAACAGAAAUUUUAAGCCCAUCCCUUGAUUUUAUUUCUAGCUUGUCUGCUGACUCGUUGGAGAACAGUAUUGCACCGCUGAGUGAUAUGCCUUCACACGAAAGAGGAACUGUUACAGCUCCUGUGAAUACAAAUGGAUUUAGAACUUUUCCAGAAAUCAAUUUGGUGAAUGAUGAUCCUCUCCCGCCGUUCUUGCACAGACAGAAUAGAGAUAAGCAACUAGAGGAAGUUUGCAGGAAUGUGAUCAGAGACAUGGAUGCCUAUGGUGUAUGUGUUGUUGAUAAUUUUUUGGGGCAAGAAAUGGGAAUGGCAGUAUUGGGUGAAGUCACAAGCAUGUACAAGAAGGGUGUUUUCAAAGAUGGACAGCUGGUAAGCAACAGGGCGAAGAAGAACUUGAAAACAAUUCGUGGUGAUCAAAUUACGUGGCUGGAUGGUAAAGAAAAAUUUUGCAAGAACAUUGGUUUUCUGAUCAGCCAAGUUGAUAACAUUAUAGUCCGUGCCAAUAAUAUGGGUGGUAAUGGAAGAAUGGGUGACUACACUAUCACUGGGAGAACAAAGGCAAUGGUGGCAUGCUACCCAGGUUCGGGCUCUCAUUAUGUGAAGCAUGUAGAUAACCCAAAUAGAGAUGGUCGUUGUAUCACAGUGAUAUACUACCUCAACAAAGACUGGAAUGUCAAGGAACAUGGUGGUUUGUUGCGAAUAUUCCCAGAAGGCUGGAGUGACAGGGUGGCAGACAUUGAGCCACUGUUUGAUCGCAUUCUGUUCUUUUGGUCUGAUCGAAGGAAUCCACAUGAAGUGCAGCCAGCACAUCAGACAAGAUAUGCCAUUACCUUGUGGUACUUUGAUGCCGUAGAGAGAGAGGAAGCUUGCAGGCGACACAGACAAGAAUGUGAACUGGUCCGGAACUCAAACUGACCUUUGUGAGGAUCCUCCUUUACUGUACAUAAUUCCUGUGUAUUUGUAUGUAUUAAUGUAAAUUAUGGUACAGCCUGUACUUGUUUAUUAUUGUUGUUAUAUAUUUACGGCUUCUAACCUUAAGCAUGACUGUUGGUAAGACAGAAGUUGUAAUGCAAUCAUUUUGCUCAGUCCGGUGCUGUUUCAGUGGGGCCUUGUUCAUCCUCAAUGAAUCACAAUUACCAAUGUGUUUUUUCCUUUAUAGUACGGUCAUAAGAGAUAACUAAAUCUGAGCCAGAUUUAUGAAGUACUGAAGCAUAUAUUCUAUUUGCAAUGAAAGUAACAAGUAUCAUAAUUAAUUUAUGUUAUUUUUAAUAUGUGUAUAUACUCGUAUUGUGUUAUUCAUAUAACCCAGUUUUCAGUAACUCAGGUUUUAACAUGAAACAUUGGAAAGAGCUCCCUCCUUGCUUAUUUUCCUGACCAUGUGUUUUGCAGACUAAAAUUGAACUAGAGAACAUUCUGUUACAAUGCUAUGUCAAUUUUUCAUUUCAGAGGCUUUUGAUAUAUUUGUUUCUGACAUUGCAUCAGUACACCGGAAUAUACAAGAGUCAGUAAAUAGGUCACAGAUGGAAGUAUAGGUUUUCUGUCUGUAUCUCUAGGUAGCAGACACGUAUGCACAUGUUCAGAGGCAGGUUUCAGUAGUCAGAAUAGCAAUCAUACUACCAAAGAGCAGCAUUCUGUUUGGUUUUUUUGUAGCCAAAAGGACUCAAUGCAAAGUAUCGUAUUUACGCAUGUAUAGGCGGCAGCACAAUU